AUGAGUAACAACUCUCAAAGUAGUAGUAGUAAUAAUAAUAAUAAGAAUGCUCAAGUCAAAGCACCACAUCCAAUGCUAGACCCCUCAGCUUGCAAGGAACUAAAAGAUCGUCAUGAUGCAUGUUUUUAUAAGUGGUAUGGUGGUAGUUUCCUCAAAGGCAAUGUAUCACAAGACUGUCAAGAAGAGUGGGAAGAGUACCAAGUUUGUAUAAAAGUAAUUGUGAUUCAUAGUAUUUGA